GACCGUGACUUGUGUGUGUUUAUGUUCCACCACACCACAUAUGAUAUGACCAUGGAAUUCCUAUUUACUAAUUCUAAUCAACAAUGGUCUCCUUCUCCUUCUCCAUUAAUUCUCUCCUUGUAUUAACAUCCCUUCUUUUCCCAACUUUCAUAAAUGCAACCAUAUUCACCAUCACCAAUAACUGCUCCUUCCCCGUUUGGGCUGCUUCCAUACCCGGCGGUGGCCGCUAUCUCCAACAAUCCAAAACAUGGAUCUUAAACCCACCAGAACAAACAAUCAACGCCCGAAUUUGGGCCAGGACUAACUGCAAUUUCAACAGGUCCGGUCAUGGCAGUUGCCAAACAGGGGACUGCAACGGGCUACUCGAGUGUCAAACCAACGGUUCACCUCCCAACACUUUGGCCGAGUAUGCAUUAGAUCAGUUCAAUAACUUGGACUUCUUUGACAUGUCUCUUGUCGACGGGUUCAACGUGCCGAUGCAAUUCAGUCCCACCUCAAACGAGUGCACCACAAGCAUUCGGUGCACCAGUGAUAUCAUCGGGCAAUGCCCAAAGCAAUUACUGGCUCCAGGAGGAUGCAAUAACCCAUGUACCGUAUUCAAGACUGACCAGUAUUGUUGCAAUUCUGGUAGUUGUGUACCUACCAAUUUUUCAAGAUUCUUCAAGGAUAGAUGCCCGGAUGCUUAUAGUUACCCGAAAGACGACCCAACAAGUACUUUCACUUGCCCGGGAGGAACUGACUACAAUGUUGUUUUCUGCCCAGGUUCGGAAUCAAUAAAAACAAGAACAGUGUGCCCACGUAAUUCUACUAUAAGUAUUCCUCCUCCGGCUAAAAUAACAGUUGUUGCCCCUGCAUUCAAGAGUUGCAACAAACAGUUUUAUGUUUCCUUGUCAUAACAAUUUAUGUUGAAUAAAUUUUGUCAACUGUUUUGUUUGAUUGCAUAUUCUUAAUUACAUGAUGAUAUUGUGAACUAGAGAAAACUGCAAGUAUAGAGAAGAACAAAGAGGGGUCUUGAUCCGGUCAAAACUUAUCUGUUGUGAAGUGGGUUUGGUCAGGCUGGAAUGUUUCGUUUUGAUGCUCCA